GCCGGGGUGUGCCGCCGCCCGGCCGCCCGCCCGGCUUGGCUCCGCCGCGCCGCGGGCCGCCGGCAGAGUCUUGGAGGGGCGGUUUCGCGCCGCGGGGGCGCGCGCGCCGGCUCCGGGUGGGGGGCGCCGGGCCGCCGCUGCCCGCCCGCCCGCCUCGUCUCCAGGUCCCGGGCCCCUGCGGCGGGCGAGCAUGGAGGAGAAGUACCUGCCGGAGCUGAUGGCGGAGAAGGACUCGCUGGACCCCUCCUUCACGCACGCUCUGCGGCUGGUGAACCAAGAAAUAGAAAAGUUUCAAAAAGGAGAAGGCAAAGAUGAAGAAAAGUACAUUGAUGUGGUGAUUAAUAAAAACAUGAAACUGGGACAGAAAGUGUUAAUUCCUGUAAAACAGUUUCCUAAGUUCAACUUUGUGGGGAAACUUUUGGGUCCACGUGGCAAUUCUCUGAAGCGUUUACAAGAAGAAACAUUGACAAAAAUGUCUAUACUUGGGAAAGGAUCCAUGAGAGACAAAGCAAAGGAGGAAGAGUUGAGAAAAAGUGGAGAAGCCAAGUACUUCCACCUCAAUGAUGAUCUGCAUGUUUUAAUUGAAGUUUUUGCCCCGCCAGCGGAAGCAUAUGCCCGGAUGGGACAUGCCUUUGAAGAAAUUAAAAAGUUCCUCAUUCCUGACUAUAAUGAUGAAAUCAGGCAAGCACAGCUCCAGGAAUUAACAUAUUUGAAUGGUGGUUCAGAAAACGCAGACGUCCCAGUUGUCCGAGGGAAGGCUACCUUGCGUACUAGAGGCUUGCCAACCCCAUCCAUAACCAGGGGAAAGGGAGGAGUCACAGCCCGGCCGGUUGGAGUUGGUGUACCAAGAGGUACCGCCACCUCCAGGGGUGUUCUUUCUGCUCGAGGACCAGUGAGUCGGGGAAGAGGACUUCUCACUCCCCGAGCAAGAGGCGUUCCCCCUACUGGCUACAGACCACCCCCACCACCACCAACACAGGAGACCUACGGAGAUUAUGACUAUGACGAUGGAUAUGGCACCGCUUACGAUGAACAGAGUUACGAUUCCUAUGAUAACAGCUAUAGCACCCCAACCCAAAGUGGUGGUGAUUACUAUGAUUAUGGACACGGGCUCAAUGAAGAGAGUUACGAUUCCUAUGGGCAAGAGGACUGGACUAAUUCAAGGCAUAAGGCACCGAGGACCACGAAGGGCGUCUACAGAGACCAGCCAUAUGGCAGAUACUGAUUGUACUGUCUGAUGUUGUGAAAUAGCCAGUCUCCACCAGUCCCGUAUACUGUUCAAAGUAAUUUUUUUUCUAUUAACAAUCCCUUUUUAAAUAAAUCAAAU